ACAAACAAACUUUUGACCUUGGAAAAGCUCAAUAGAAGAAGGCCAGAUAUAUACACAACAACAAAAUGCCAAGUCUGUCAAGACAAAGUAAAAGAGACACGGACACAUUUGGCAUCAUGCAAGAGACAAACAAGUCUUUGGAAAAGAAUUCAAAAGGUGGUGAUUGCAACAGCAUGGAAAGAACUUAAAGAAGAAGAAAAGACCCGAAUCCCUUCAUAUGUAUUAUAUACAGCACUCUUCAGAAAAGGUGAGAAAGAGGAGAUAGAAAUGAGAGAAGCAUUGAUUAAAGGCCUAAUUCCAAAGAAAACACAAGACAGAUUAAUGCAGCUUCUAAUACAAAGGCAAGACAACAAUUUGCAAGCACAGUAG